AUGAAAAGUUCUUCCCUUUCUUCUGCUUUGUGUUCCUCUCCUUCCUCUUCCUCCUUCUUCCCUCCUUUUCCCUUCUUCUUCCUUGUGUUUCUCACCUUUCUUCCUUCCUCCAUCCUUGCCUCCGUCUCAGAUCAACAUCUCUUUCAAACCCACCUCGUCGUCUUUAUGGAUGACUCCGAAAGUUUCAACACCUCAGCAAUGAGGGACGCGCUGACAGAUGUGACCAACGCCCAGAACAACAAGGCGAGUGAGGCCUCCACCCUAGCUCGUGCAAAGGGCUGGGUAGAGCCAGAGAUAUAUGACUACCAGAAGUAUAAUGCUGGACCUUCGCUGGAGAAACCUGCCGAGGAGGAUGGGCAGGAAGAACCUGUCCCUGAGUGGGCUGCCAAGGCAGCGAAGUACGAGUGGAAGGAUGAGUAUGGCGAUGUCGGACCAGAAAACCCUCAGCUCGAGCAGAUGCUGUUCCGAAGCGAGUUUAUCAAUCGUACUGGACUCAAGAUUGGAAACUUGCAAAACAUCGAAGUUAUUGCAGAGUCUCACGAAAGACCAAGCCCUAUCAAGAACUUUGAUGAUGCCGGUUUGCAUCCGAUCAUGCGCCAGAACAUUCGCCUUUGUGGCUACGAGUUUCCGACCCCAAUUCAGGCAUAUGCAAUCCCCGCGGUGCUCACUGGACAUGACUUGAUUGCCAUUGCUCAAACUGGCUCUGGAAAAACUGCCGCUUUUUUGAUUCCCGUUCUUUCUCAGUUGAUGGGAAAGGCGAAGAAGCUGGCCGCCCCUCGUCCUAACCUUGCCGCUGGCUACACUCCAGGUGUAGAUUCCGUGCGUGCUGAGCCUCUUGUGUUGAUUGUGGCCCCUACUCGGGAGCUCGCCACACAGAUUUUCGAUGAGGCAAGACGUUUGUGUUACAGGUCGAUGUUGCGGCCCUGUGUCGUUUACGGUGGCGCGCCUGUCCGUGAUCAGCGCGAUGAACUCCAGAUGGGCUGCGACAUUCUGAUCGGUACCCCCGGAAGAUUGCUUGAUUUCAUGGACAAGCCUCACAUAUUGUCUCUCCGCCGUGUCAAGUACACUAUCAUCGAUGAGGCAGAUGAGCUACUUCUUUCGGACUGGGAGUCUGACUUUACCAAGAUCAUGUCUGGCGGAGACGUGAACGAAGAUGCUGAUCAUCGUUACAUGAUGUUCAGUGCAACAUUCAACCGUUCUUGCCGCGAGUUGGCGAGAAAGUUUCUUUCUGAUGAUCACGUCCGCGUCCGUAUUGGCCGUCCUGGAUCUACCCACGUGAACGUUGACCAGAACAUUGUGUACGCUGAGCCUCACCUGAAGAAGCAGUGUCUCUAUGAUCUGCUCAUCGCGAUGCCUCCCAGUCGCACGUUGAUCUUCGUCAACUCUAAAGGGCAGGCCGACUUGCUCGAUGAUUACCUCUACAACCUGGGACUUCCCAGCACUUCUAUCCAUUCAGACCGUACCCAGCGUGAGAGAGAGGAUGCCUUGCGCGCUUUCCGCACUGCUAGGUGCCCUAUUCUCGUGGCCACUGGUGUCUCUGCCCGUGGUCUCGAUAUCAAGAACGUGAUGCACGUGAUAAAUUUCGAUCUUCCCAGUGUUUCCUUUGGAGGAAUAACUGAGUACAUUCACCGUAUUGGGCGCACAGCCAGAAUUGGCAACGAAGGUCUCGCCACGUCCUUCUAUUGCGAGAAGGAUGCAGACAUUGCUCCAGACCUGGUCAAGAUAUUAAUCGAGAGUAAGCAGAAAGUCCCUGACUUUCUCGAACAAUACAAGCCCCAAGACACCGUGGUUAAUUUCCACGAUGAUACUGACGAUGAGAGCGUUGACGAAGCUGCCAACGAGGGAAACGACAGCUCCGCGGCUUGGGGUGGUGUGCAGAUUGGCGACGACCAGUCUGAGGCACCUGGCUGGGAAUGAUCUUCUGAUCGCUCCAUCCAAGUCCACGGGAGCUUGCAAGUCGGAAUGAUUUUCUCCGCUGGUCUGCAAAUGCUCUUUCGUCGCGACUCGGCAAAUGUCUCUUCUGUUCUAUGUUCUCAGAUUUACCUAAUAGGUAGUCCUAUAUCUUGCCCGUCACUUCGAUUCUGGCGGUGGCUCUUACCGCUGCCUCUGUUCGAUCUGAAGUCUAGGUAGAUCAGUUGAAAUUUGAAAUUUAAAUACGUCCAU